UGGCAAGACCGCGAAUUGAGGGUGAUAGAAGCGCUGACAAUGCUACAAGAUUUGGAUCAAAUAGAGUCAGAUGGAGGGGAGGAACUUGAUGCUGAGAUCGACUAUGAUGAUGAAUGGAAUCAAUAGAUUCCGAUGCUGUCUGCGAUUCUGAUUAACGAUGCCCAGCGUGCAGGUGUCAACAACUCAGAUGGAGGGAGAGGAGAAGGGGAAAGACGGCACGGUUUGGAUAAAACAGCCUGUGGACAACGCUGCAAGUCGGUUAUGAGCACAGAAUGGCACCCCCAUUGGAAUCGGGCCCUACACAUUACGCCAAAGGCAGAAUCGACAGAGCAUUCGACAGUUUCCAUUGUUUAUGUAACAUGGAGAUGUUGCAGCACAUCAAGGACUGUACUGUAGCUGAGGCGCGCCAGGCGAGAGGAGACAACACGUGGGACAUGUCUGUGGAUGAGCUGGAAGCGUUCAUUGCGCUCUUAUAUGUCCGAGGACAAUACGUAGGAAUGAACACGCCUUUGGAGAGCUUCUGGAACGAAAAAUAUGGGGGGAUUUUUUUCCCCGAGUCACUAUGCCCACGGAACCGCUUCAGAGAGAUCAUGCGAUACCUGUGUUUUGACGCAAGAGAGACCAGACGCAUGCGCCUAGAAACGGACAAAUUCGCCCUGGUAUCAGACGUUUGGGACGCGUUUGUACAGAACUAUGUUUCCUCUUACAAGCCAGGAGUGAACAUUUCCCCACAAAAGCUAAGUGCACCUUUACGCAGUACAUCCCCUACAAGCAAGACAAGUGGGGCAUGAAGUUUCAGUUGGCAGCUGACGUUGACAGCAAGUACGUGCUGAAUGUCUUUCCAUAUCUGGGGAAAGGUGAAUCUCAGCGUCCUGACAUUGUGGUGAUGAGGCUUGUAGACCUUACCUUGGCGAGGGUAGGAAUGUAAACACAGACGAGAUCUUCACGUCACUCAGUUGGCAAAUAAGUUGAUUGACAAGAACACAAGCUUAGUCGGGGUUAUGAAAGUGAGCCGGGGGCUGCUUCUCUCUGUGGGCAACUAGUCACAGGCAGAGCUGUUCUCCACAACGGCGUUGAAGCACGACAAAGCAACACGGUUUACAGAUGUAAGCCAAGAGAACGUCAAGAGAGAGAGAGAACGUGCCAUUGACGGUUGGUGUGGAUAACAUGGCCAGACAGUUCACGGUGAAAGGGGGUACUCGCCGCUGGCCUGUUGCCGUAUUCUACAACCUGCUUGAUCUGGCUGCUAUCAACGCGCACGUUUUGUUCACUCUGUGCACCGGUAAGACAACCCCGAGGAGAGAUUUCAUCAUGUAGUUGGCAUUGGAGCUUCGUGAGAAUCACAUGAGCGCCAAGGGCAAGGCGGCAGCGGACGAUGUCCCAUAUGACGCACCACCGCUCUCCGAGAAGAAGAGACAGUGUCAGGUGCACUGAUACAUGCGGAACAAAAACUGGGACUUCUGCGGGACCUGUACGCGAUUUGUCUGCGGAAAGUGCUCAUUCCGGAAUAAAGACUUUUUUUAGCUGACUCGAGGCCCAUUUAGCCCUAUUGACAGUGCGUAUUUUGGAUACACCUACAGCCUACUGGGUAGACUACUUAGACUAACAUAGGAACGGCUGGUGUAAAAAGAAGGUCAUCGGAAAACGUGUGGCGAGGCGACAUUUGCCGCAGCACAUUUCAAUCUUUUGGUUUAGUUUAUUAAAAUACAGUAUACUCCAUUUUGUUUGUGAGAAAAUAUGAAUGGGAUCAAAUAUGGUUUAUAUUCUUGGGCCACAAAUACUUUUUCAAUCCAAAAUGAUUAAUUUAAAUUCAUCAAUAAACACGAUAGCUGACAGUCUGAGUACAUUUAUUUUAUAAGGCCUGCAGUUGCAUUGGGCAGAACUAUAGGAAGCAAGGAAGUAAGCUCAGCCCUGUGCGUGUUAUUGUCCACCAAGUUGCUUUCUCUGUGUAUAGGAAACCCCCCCCAGUCCUCAUUUAAAAUAUCAUUCAUAUGGAGUACAAGUUUGCUGGACUUUGACAGUUUUACCAAAAACCUCAGGUAAACUCCGGUAAGAAUGUCUGGCUACAUUCCAACAGAAAGGUGCACAGAAACUACACUCUGACCAACCAAAGCCUUGAGGGGGAAGUUUGGUGUCUUUAUUUUUGACGGAGCGUCUCUGGCUUCGGAACUGGGCAAUGCAACCUGGAGAGGCUUUCGGCUGCUUGGCGGAUGGAAGGGUAGCGCUAUCCCGUGGGAAGUUGAGUUGUGGACGUUGUUUUCAUGAGGGAAAUGGGAAAUUGCGGCGAGUAGUGCUGACGAAAUGGAGAGUUGGUGAACCAAAAGCUGUGCCCGAAUGCGAACAAUAUGCGUGCCAGUUCUGAUGGUAUGGAGCGGGAGGACGAGGGUCAAGAACCGGAAAAGUCGGUAGUGGAAAGACAUAGGAAGAAGAGAGAUCAUGAUACAGAAAGCAGUGCAGCGUCUAGUAAAGAAAGCAUAAAGAGGGCCAAGGUAGGACGCAAGCGUAGUGAUGUGGAAAGUGUACAUGCUAUUCGACUAACUAAUGCCGCAGAGAAAGAGGUCAGUGAAGUGAAAUUAGCUCGGUUAAUUGGAGAUAAUAUAUUGUUUAUAUUGUGUGGUAGCCAGGCUCAGCAAGAGAAGAUUUAGAAAAUGGAAAAUCUUAAUGGGAAGAAGGUUAAAAGCCAUGUCCCUGGUGCAUAUGCUAGGUUGAAGGGAGUCAUCACUGGAGUCCCAAUAUCUAUGUCCGCAGAUGAUAUCAAAGAUGGGAAGGGAGGCAUUGUGAUUGGGGACAAAAAGUUGAUCAGUAGGAAAGAAGGCCAAAAAAGGGAAAGCUUAUCAGGAAUGCUGAGGUUUGAGAGAGCCGGGAAAAGUACAGAUCGGAUUCCUUCGUUUCAAUGUUAGAGAAUUUGUCCCAUAUGCACUGCAGUGUUUUAAAUGCCAAAGAAUGGGACAUGUAGCUGCUCAGUGUGAAGGAGAGAAAAUAUAUGCCUAGUGUGGAGGGGCACACGAUUACAGUGAAUGUGGAAGCAAUGUGAAAAUUAAGUGCUGUGAUGGUGGGGGGGACACACAGAGCAGCAUUUGGUGGAUGCCAGGCACAGAGAGAGGCUAGAGGCUCAGCGAUAUGGGAUCAGUAGAAGUUAGCGAUUCAUUUGGUUUUGAAUUUUAUUUUCACCGUAGUACAGAAUUGGGCAGAUCAUUAUUUAUUGUACAUUGCAGCACAGUAGGUGGCGGCAUGCGCGAAAACGAUUGUUUGCGGACCGCCAUGAUAUCAUAGAAGCAGAAGAAGGCGGCGGCGAUGGCUGCUUCUGUACUGCUCCGCAUUUGCGCUAUCUGCAAAACAUGAAUGUAUCGAAACGAAUUGGUCAAAUUGAAUAAGACGGAGAAAAGCAAGCAUGUAAGCAUAUAACUGUGGAUUUGCAUUAGUUCGGUGGUUGUUUGUAAUUUACAGCACAUAAAAGUGGAAUGUGAUGAGUGCUGCUAGCCUGUACAUUAUCGUUGCCAUUUACUGUAGCUUUUAGCUAUGGAGUUGAGUUUAGUCCUCUAGCCCAGACUGAUUCCAAAGAGGACCUAUAGUUAAGCUAAAGCGGAUUCGGUGUUUUGUCAGCUAUUUAGCUAUACCAGCUAGUUAGCUACACAGGCCACAUAGAUCAUGAUACCGUCCCUAAAGUUAGCAAAUUAUUUGACCAGUCUCUAAACUUGACUAACGCAGUGGCCUUGUGGUGAGUGUCCCCCCUGAGAUUGGACGGUUGUGAGUACAAUCCCUGGCCGAGUCAUACCAAAGACUGUAAAAAUGGGACAUGAUGCACCUCUGCUUGGCACUCAGCGCAUGUCACGGAGUGUAAUGCUAACACCAACAACAUACCCAGGUUACCAAUGAGAAGCUGAGGUGGAAAUCUUAGCUUGAAUAGUUUGUGGCUUAACAUGUUAAUGAAUCAUUUCCCAUAUGAGAGGCAGUGCAAUUUAGGGAGUAUUGGCAGUACAUCCCUGAUGUAGUGUACCAAUAUUGCUAAUCACAAUAUUCUGUGUGUAUUACAAGUCAAUGGUUGGUUGGUAGUGUGACCUCCCUGCAGCUGUCAUCAAAUGUGGGACUAGCUCGCCUGUCUUACUGCAUUCUACACAGAUUCUGUCUCUUGAGAAAUUGGAGGGACACAAACGUUGGUAGUAACAGAUCCACCUCUGAAUCCAGGGGAAUGUUUUGCCCUGCGAAAGAAAACCGAUUAACUGAACAAAGGAAAGUCUCUGCCUCCCAUGUGGGAAAACUCAGCAAUAAACUCAAAGCCAUCCUGAAGAAGAAGUACCAAAGUCCACCAGGGGGGGAAACUGAGCAUCCAUUUUAUAUUCAUUGUGAUCUCCACUAUCCACCUGGUGAAAGUGGAGAGGGGAACCAACAUGAGUACAUUCUAUCUGAGCCAGGCUACAGGAGAAGACAUCAAGGAACAUGUUCAUUCCGAAACUCAGAAGUCGAGGAGCCUAUCAGAACAGCUUUGACAAAGGGCGUCUCUGGUAUUGGCAAAACUAGCCAGGUGCGGAUGAUGAUUCUUAACUGGGCAGAGGGAAAAGGAAACCAGGAAGUUCAACUAAUAUUUCCCCUUCCUUUCCGAGAGCUAAAUUUGCUGAAGGAGAGACUGAGUCUGAUUGAACUUCUUUAUGAGUUUUUCCCAGAAUUGAAAGAACCUGGAAUUUGCAACUUGGACAACUGCAGAGUUGGGUUCUUCUUUGACGGGCUGGAUGAAUUCCGUCGUCCUCUCGACUUCAAGAACAGCCCGAUUGUGACCAAUGUCACCGAGGUUUCCUCUGUGCCGACACUGCUGACAAACCUCAUUAACGGUAAUCUCCUUCCCUCCGCCGCUCACAUAUGGAUUACAUCCAGACCUGCGGCAGUCAGUCGCAUCCCUCUUCAGUACAUUGACAGAGUGUCAGAAAUCGAAGGCUUCACCGACUCCCAGAAAGAGGAGUUCUUCAGGAGAGCAAUUAAUGACGAGAACCAGGCCACAGCAGUUAUCACCUACUUGAAGAACUCGAAGGCCCUCUACAACUUGUGCCAGAUACCUUUUAUCUGUUCAAUCUCAGCGUCAAUCCUUGAGAAACAGACAUAUGUACCCGACAAAACAUGCGAACCUGUCGCACUAACUCCAUUAUUUAACGACCUACUCAUCCUGUUACAAAUGGCGAACCACAAUGUAAAGAUAGUUGACGAAUUGGGGGAACUAGCCCUGAAGCAGUUGGUGAAAGGCAACACGGUUUUCUACGAGGAAGACCUGCGAGAGUGCAACAUUGAUGCCCGAGUGGCAGCUGUAUACGCAAAAGUGAACAUACCCAUCUUCAGGGAGGAUAUUGGGCUGCACCAACAGAAGAUCUACUACUUUGGGCAUACCACCAUUCAGGAGUUCUUUGGCGCAUUGCGGUUUCUUCAAUCUGUUGACGUCCAAGACAAAAACCAGGCUGUCAACCGGAAAACCCAGUUUGAGAGAACUCUCUGGUUUUUUAGAGAUGCCACCCAACUCAAGAGCGCGGUGGAUAUGACUUUGCGGAGCAAGACCGGACACAUGGACCUCUUCCUUCGCUUCCUCCUCGGCAUUGCUCAGAACUUUAACCAUAUGUUCUCCGAGGCUGGCUUCCCCUCGUCUACUACCCUUUCGGAAAUGUUAGUGUACAUCAAGGAGAAGGUCUUGGAGAAUCCCGCUUCGCCAAGGACCCUCAACCUGCUGAACUGCCUGAGGGAACUGAAAGACUACUCUCUAGACAACGAUAGUGUGCACUUUCUCAAGACGGGAAUCCCCCCAGAUGCCAAAUACCCACGUGCACAUUGGUCCGACCUGGCCUCUCUGUUAGUGGCGUCAGAGUCUGGGCCGAUAGACAUGCUUGGGUUGGAAGUAGAGAACAGAGGAGACGAGGAACUUCUGAGGAUGCUGCCAGUGAUCAAAGCUUCCCAGACAGCCACGCUAUCGUAUCACAACCUGACUGAGAAAUCCUGUGAAUGUCUGGGCUUGGCGCUUACCUCAAAGGUGUCCAAUCUGAAAACUCUGGACCUGAGUUUCAACACGCUGAAGGACUCAGGAGUACAACUGCUGGCGGCCGGCCUGGCCAAUCCACACUGCCGACUGGAGAGACUGAAACUGUCCGGCUGCAGGGUGAAACAGGAUGGCUUCGCCGCUCUGGCCAAAGCUCUCAAAUCCAACCCCUCGCACCUGCGAGAGCUGGAUCUCAGCGGCAAUGAUCCGGAAGAAUCGGGGGUGUUUCAUCUUGUUGACGGACUAAAGGUUGUUAAGUGCGAACUGCAGAUCCUGAAGCUCUCAAACUGCAAGCUGGGCCUGGAGCUGAGUCGCGCUCUGGCGGUGUUGCUGAUAGACAACCCCAGACACCUGCGAGAGCUGGACGUCAGCAUGAACGACCUGGGAGACCGGGGGGUGAAGCUGCUCAUGGACAUACUGAAGUCAACCCAGAUAUACAAACUGGAGUUGUACUGUUGUCAGCUCACUGAGAAAUGCUGUGAGAACAUGUUUGGAUGUCUGGUGAACAUCCCCAGUCUGAGGGAGCUCAACCUGAGCAACAACAACCUGAAGGACGAGGGGGUCAAGAUGCUCUGCAACGCCUUCAGGCUGCCCGCCUGUCAACUGGAGAAACUCAUUCUGGCGAGCUGUGGCUUCACGUCUGGAGGCUGUCGAUGUCUGAUUGGAGGGUUCAGUUUCAGCCCCACCUUCCUCAAACAGCUGGAUAUCAGCAGGAACCACCUGGGUCACUCGGAUGUCUCGUUUUUCCUGUUCCUCAAAACUAUACGCUUUUCACUGGAGACCCUACGACUGAGUGACUGUAAGAUGACAGAGCUAUGCUGUCCAGAGCUGGUCGAAGCUCUCCGCUCCAGUCUCACCAACCUGAAAGAGCUGGAUCUAUCUGGAAACGAACUGGGAGACAGCGGUGUAAAAACACUCUGCAUGGGACUGACCUUAACAACCUGUAAACUGGAGAGACUGUUUCUGAGAUGCUGUGGGAUCACAGUAAAGGGCUGCUCCUCCCUAGCAUUAGCCCUGAAGUCCAGCCACUCCAGUAUCACAGAACUAGGCCUGAUGGGAAAUGACACGGGAGAAGAAGGACUGAGAAUUCUCUCCGACAUCAGGGACAACCAGCGCUACAAUCUACAGACUUUAGAAAUAAACGAUUGAGAGUGGCCUUGCUCGCUGGAUGGAGGUGGUUCUUGGCUCGACCUCUUCCCAAAUCUGGAGUGAAGUUACUGAACGAGGAACACUCUGGAGUGAAGAUACGAAACGAUUGGCUGACAAGUCUCGACACACGAGUUCAACAGUAAGCACUUUACUUGCUUUGGAUCAACGGCACUGGUUCACUGACUUUUGACCAUUUUUAAAGUGCCUUUCAGUAUCCUGGCUGCUCACACUUGAACAGAAGACCAAAGAGUAUUUACCUAGAACCAGAUAGUCAGGCUGAAAUGACACACACACACACACACACACACACACACAAACUCCGUUCCUCAGGUCUUGCUACAGUAUCAACUCAUUUAACCUUUGCAGAAGCCUUACAGUAUGUUUUGCACAUCAGUAUGUACACUAGUAUGUAUAGCCUUUGUAACAGGCGCCUCUGCUCAAACACACGUGACCGGCCUCUUGACAACGUCUUAGCCAACUACGGUACCGAACAGCUAGCAGUUUGGUGGGGUGAGGUUACGUCCCAGCGUCUCUGAGGGAGAAGGAUGAUGCAACGUUUUCUUUUUAACACAGGUACAGUCCCUUGGUAGCACAGUCUUUUUUUGUUUUUCAAUUUUUAUUUGAUAGUGCUUUUUCUUAAUUAAGAUAACCAAACGUUUCGGAAAAUGUGUACAGUAGUACAACUCUUGGUUUAUUUAUUAUUGUUGCGUACAAUGUACAUUGUACCCAAAUAUACCUAGUUAUUUCUAUUGGUCAUGAUGGUUAAAAAAAAAAAAGGUCCUAAUGGGAGGUUUAACUUCAGAAGCUUUUCAACUUUGGUUAUAUGUUUCAGGUCUGGUCUCCAGAUCUGUUUGCGCCUACUGCAACAGUCUGGUUGACGCUGUAUUUCACGUUAAACAAGUGCCUUUAGAGUAGUGUGAUUGUGAGGGACACAGUUCUCUACUAUUUGUCUCCUCUGCUGGUAUGUACAGUAUGUCUGUUUGAGUGUGCUUGUAUGUGUGUUCUGUUAGUGUGUUUGUGUGUACAUGUAUACAAUCAUGUCUCAUGUUCAAAUUGUUACAAUAUUACACAUUGAUGAUUUGGGCUGAUUCUCUGAUUGUUACGGUACAUCACCACCACCUGGUGGCGAAAAAUACGAAUUUCUCGGGGGGGGUUAAACUAAUGACGUAUGUCAAGCCAAUAGCGCCAGAACCCACUACUGGGUCCCUAAUAAUAAACCAGACAGCAUAUUUUGCUACACGAUCACUGGCCGAAUUAUUGCGAGCGCAUCUACACAAACCCAGGUACGAUACCAUUUUAGCUAACAACAAGCUAAAGUAUUAACCAACCAUGGUCUGUAUUUUUAAACGUGUGCUGUGAGAGGAUGGUCGGACGAGGUAGGUGUAACGCUGGAUGUCAUGGUGUUAUGCAAGGCAGUCUGUUUGGAUGUAUUGCACACUGUCUCCAUGUGGAAUUUACAAUAACAACGCGACUGACACUAUUAGCAGAACAAUAAGGGGUUGCUCUCGGAAGGUCAUAUGGCGCAGUGUAAUACCGGGUAUCGGUUUGAACCGGCGCUGAAGCCUAUGUGUUUGGAUAACGCGAAAUAGUUACCAAGCCAGCAAGAUGCACGAUAGUGGCGUCAAUAUUCGCAAAACUAAGGCAGCAGUCCUGUAAUAGCCCACCUAUUGCUGUCCCGUAAUGUCUUUCAUUGCUUCGUAGGAGCUAAUAAACAUGUUAUAACUACACAAUAUAAAUGUUCCUUAUGCGUUUACAUGGUAUUUAUUUGAUAUCUUGUUAAUAGUUAUGUAAUAAAUCAAACUUUGUUUCAG